CUAGCUUAUGUUGCUUGUCAAACACAGCCUAAGUCCGGAAUUAUCAGGCGGGUGACGCUACGCUAAAACCUAAAUUACGCCGUCACAUAAAUGCACGCUCGCACCAGUAGCAGCAUCGACUCUCUGCUGCAUUUGUUGAUCUGCUUUCAUAUUAGUCUCCCACCCGCCGCGAGCAAUCUGUUGCCAGCCGCCGACGCCGGUAGAGACAUACAGAGAGCUCCCCAGCAAAUGCAAAUAAUUAGAUAAAUUACCUAUCAGUCAAUCGUUCGUAGUGAGGAGCCAAGAUCCUACUGUGGCCUUUCGCCAAAUUCUGAUUUUUGAGUUCCCCGGUUUAAUUGACGUUUUAUUAUUUAUUAAUUCUUUAUGGCUUCGGAGGACGUGAAGGCUAGCGAUUCCGCGGUGGAGAAGAUCGUAAAUCUCGCUGAAGAGGCAAAACUCGCCAGGAAAGAAAUCAAACCAACUAGCUACGCCGUCCUAAGUAUAUGCAAAUCUCUCGUCGCUGGAGGUGUAGCCGGUGGAGUGUCACGGACAGCUGUUGCUCCCCUGGAACGCUUAAAAAUUUUGCUACAGGUUCAGAAUCCCCACAGUAUUAAAUACAAUGGCACAGUUCAAGGCUUAAAGUAUAUCUGGAGAACCGAGGGAUUCAAAGGAUUAUUUAAGGGCAAUGGCACCAACUGUGCUCGCAUCAUCCCAAAUUCAGCUGUCAAGUUUUUCAGCUACGAGCAGGCAUCCAAGGGCAUCUUAUGGCUGUACAGGGAACAGACUGGAAAUGAUGAUGCUCAGCUCACUCCUGUAUUGCGUCUUGGAGCCGGAGCUUGUGCUGGAAUAAUUGCCAUGUCUGCAACAUACCCAAUGGACAUGGUUCGAGGCAGGCUAACUGUCCAAACCGAUAAAUCUCCUUACCAGUACAGGGGAAUGGUUCAUGCUUUAUCAACCGUGCUCCGUGAAGAAGGUCCACGGGCUUUAUACAAAGGCUGGCUUCCAUCUGUCAUAGGAGUUAUUCCUUAUGUUGGUCUUAAUUUUGCUGUUUAUGAAUCUUUGAAAGAUUUUCUGAUCAAAUCUAAACCUCUGGGACUGGUUGAAGAUAAUGAGCUUGGUAUUGGUACUAGGCUUGCGUGUGGGGCUGCUGCAGGGACGAUUGGCCAAACAGUUGCUUACCCACUUGAUGUUAUUCGCCGCAGAAUGCAGAUGGUGGGUUGGAAAGAUGCUGCAUCUGUUGUAAUUGGUGAAGGAGGGAAGGGAAGGGCUUCCGUCGAGUACACUGGCAUGAUUGAUGCAUUUAGUAAAACUGUUCGUAAUGAGGGCAUCAGAGCACUGUACAAGGGCCUGGUCCCCAAUUCAGUAAAGGUUGUGCCAUCAAUUGCUAUUGCUUUCGUGACAUACGAGCACGUUAAGGAGAUACUGGGGGUGGAGCUCAAAAUAUCAGAUUGAGAGAGGGAGAGCAGCCAAUGUAAUGCCUUCAUUCACCAGCACAAUAAUUUUGUAGACAAAGAGGCUCAAGAGAAACGAUGGUCAAGGUGGCCUUCCAAUUCAUGAUAUGAUUUAGGAACGUAUUCUACCAUGGCCAUGAAAACUUUGUUCUACAGCUCAUCUUUUCUUAGUUGUCUAUUGUAGCUCUAGGUGCCCUCCUCGUCAUCAAUAAAUACUUGUGAGUGGUGCGGAAUAUUAGUGUAACAAUCAAUAAUUGCGUUGGAUGCCUUGAUCGCAAGGACACUUUUUCUUCUUUUCAUUGAUUUGUUUGUGAACACACCAUUCUUCUUCCGUUUGGAUGUUGAUUUUUCAAAAGACUAGUAUCAAUUUUGCAGUAUCUCAUGAUAUUCCAAGGAAGUGGGAAAUACUGGUGGGGAUUUGGAGUUCCUUGACUAUUUUUUUUCUCUAGAAAAUUUUUUAAUAUUCAUUUGGGUUUGAGAAUUACUACUGCAUUGCCCUGGAUUUGAUUGCCUGCUCCUUGGAGAAAGAGUGAUACGGAGUAUUUAUGAUCAAAGAUUCCUAAUGGUCAGGCUAUGUGACCACCAUUGUUACGUACCUUCAUCGCCGUUCAAUAUAUGUUGUGGAAUCGUUCAUGCAGAUGCAUUUAAUGCAUGCCCGCCCAAAAGCUAAUGAUAGAUUGUGGAAGCGAGCUGGUUGGCUCGUGGCACAAGCCUACUCGUCCCUUCUGUUUCCCAGCCAAUGGUCACAGGCUAGAGACUGACGCUUGGGCAGUAGCCCUCGACUCCAAGUAUGCUCGGCCUGGGACCCAGGGGCCAGGGGUACAUGCCAUAUCUCGGUUUGGUAGGCUUGUUCUUGGGUGACUUGCCCACCCUUGGUCCAUUUUUUGUGAUGCCCUCUGAUCAUUGACUUCACAAAUUAGCCUUCAACUCGUACAUAGGGGUGGACUCGGGUCCGGGCUGGGUCCGGGUCGGGCCUAGGCCUGGGCGGGCCGGCGGUUCAGGAGUGGUGGACCCGGGACCGGCCUGGGUAACCACCGGGUCCGGUCCGGGCCCAUUAUCAAAUUCCCCCCCCCCCCCCCCCCCCCCCCCUUCCUAGUUAACCUCCCUUCCACCCCCAAACCACAAACCACACAAAUAGCCCAAAAUACCUAGCCCAACCCGAAAAUUUAAAAAAAAAUGAAAAAAAAAAAUAGUUUUGGCCCAAACCAGACCGGAGCCCGGCCGGGUCGGACCUUGUUUUGGGUGACCUGAGCCCGGACCGGAAAACCCACGGGUCGGGCCUACCCGGACCGGUCAUUGACCGGCCACCGGGUCGGGCUGGGCCAGAACAGUGCCGGUCCCGGGCCGGUUCCGGGUCGGGCCACCCGGCCCGAGUCCAUCCAUACUCGUACACCACCGUUUCUUUUUUCA